CCUACUCGUUAUCUUCAACUUAUAUGUUUUGCCUUCAUCCUCGCCAUACCGGCCUCAUCUUCGGCGUUUGUCGCGACUGAGUGUUUCCCCUCACACAUCAUGAGGUGAGCCAAUGACAAACGUGCUAAAUGUGUCUCCGCUCUCAACCGAGGGGCUCUCGUUGGCUUCGUACCCUAAUGGCAAUUGGAAACGAUAUACCAACGCACUAAACAAACAACUUCCUCUAUGCGCAGGUAGAGGCUAGGUACGGCACCAUCCUCAACAACAGAAGAAAAUAAGAACUGCUCGUGUCCCUCUCUUUCUCUCCAGUCUCAUCUUUGAACAUUUACAUUCUUCCCCACCAAACUGCCCCACGUCAGUACCCAGUGUUAUCUAUCAGUUAUACAGCAACAACAAUGGCUCCUGGCGUACUUCAAAAUGACGCGGGCAAUGGCACAGCUCUCAAGCCAACUGCUCGCGCGUUCCACCCCACAGGCACACCAGACCCUGCGAAGUAUCAUUCCUCAUCCUCAACAGAGGCUAUGGAUACGGAAGCCAACUUCGCUGCGCACAACUACCACCCUCUUCCAAUCGUCUUCGCGCGCGCAAGCGGGUGCAGCGUCUGGGAUCCUGAGGGCAAGCACUAUCUCGACUUCCUUUCCGCGUACAGCGCUGUGAACCAAGGCCACUGCCAUCCUGAGCUUGUCAAGGCCCUGACCGAACAGGCGUCGCGAUUGACGCUCAGCAGCAGAGCGUUCUACAACGAUGUAUUCCCGCGCUUCGCCGAGUAUGCGACGAAGCUAUUUGGCUUCGACAUGAUUCUCCCUAUGAAUACGGGCGCUGAGGCAGUGGAGACGGCUGUCAAGAUUGCGCGCAAGUGGGGAUACAAAGUGAAGGGCAUCCCACAGAACGAGGCGUUGGUAUUUUCCGUAGAGGAGAACUUCCACGGACGAACUUUUGCUGCCAUCACUAUGUCCACUGAUCCCGAGUCACGCGACAACUAUGGCCCAUACCUUCCCGGUAUUGGAAGCGCUUGCCCUACGACUGGGAAAGCGAUUCGGUACAACAACGUGGACGAUGUACGGGAGAUUUUCGAGAGACACGGAAAGAACACCGCUGCAUUCUUGGUCGAGCCCAUCCAGGGCGAGGCCGGCAUUGUUGUACCAGAUGACAGCUACCUGCGAGAGGUCAGGGCACUAUGUGACAAGCACAAUGUUCUCCUCAUCUGCGACGAGAUUCAGACAGGUAUCGCGCGGACAGGCAAGAUGCUCUGCCAUGAAUGGAGUGGAAUCAAGCCUGACUUGGUCCUGCUCGGCAAGGCUAUCUCAGGUGGCAUGUACCCUGUCUCAUGUGUCCUGGGCUCGAAAGAUGUUAUGCUCACCAUCGAGCCCGGUACUCAUGGUUCGACUUACGGCGGCAACCCACUCGGGUCCGCCGUCUCAAUCCGGGCCUUGGAACUCAUCCAAGAAGAGAACAUGGUUGAGCGUGCGCAAACCUUGGGUGAGAAGUUCCGCGAGGGCUUGAAGAACAUUAACAACCCAAUGAUCACGACUAUUCGUGGCAAGGGCCUGCUAAACGCCAUCAUCAUUGACGAGAGCAAGACGAACGGACACAGCGCGUGGGAUCUCUGCAUGCUCUGCAAAGAGAAGGGAUUACUGGCAAAACCGACUCACCAAAACAUCAUCCGUCUAGCUCCACCGCUCGUCAUUACGGAGGAGGAACUUGAGACGGCUCUCUCGAUCAUCAAGGAGGCGAUGGAGGAGCUGCCUAACUUGAAGGGCAAGAAGGAGGAGAAGGUGCUCCCACCUGGUGAGAAGAAUGUGCAUAUUGGAGUGGAUAACUGA